AGAGAGAGAGAGAGAGAGAGAGAGAGAGAAAACUCCAUCAAGAUUUCUUAGCAAUUCUCUUUCCCAAAUGCAGUUGCAAAGAUUGAUAUUGUUAUCGCCCUUCUUUGUGGUGGUGGUGGUGAUGGUGGUGAAUAUGGCGGCAAUGGCGGCGAGCGGCAGCGUGGGGGUAACUGGGGGACAAUGGCGAGCCACCAGCUGCCGCCGGAGAGCGUGGUGGACAUGCUGAAAGACAACGGCUUCGACAAGGUGAAGCUCUUCGACGCCGACGAGAGCAUCCUCGAAGCCCUCUCCGGCACCGGCAUCGAAGUCAUGCUCGCCGUACCAAACUACAUGCUCGAGCAAAUGAGCCUCGACUCCGGCGGCGCCGCCGAUCUCUGGGUCGAAGCCAACCUCACCGCCUACGCCUACCCCGGAGGCGUCAACAUCAGAUACGUCGCCGUGGGAAACGAGCCAUUCUUGAAAACCUACAACGACACCUACCUAAAGAACACACUCCCAGCUUUAAGAAACAUCCAAGAAGCCAUCAACCGGGCCGGGUUCGGAGCCGAGAUCAAAGCCACAGUCCCCUUCAAUGCCGACAUCUACUACUCGCCGGAAUCCAACCCGGUCCCUUCCUCCGGCGACUUCCGCCCCGAAAUCCGGGAUCUCACGAUCCAAAUCAUCCAAUACCUCCACUUAAACGACGCCCCGUUUGUGGUCAAUAUCUAUCCCUUCUUGAGCCUCUACAGCAACCCUUACUUCCCCAUCGAUUUCGCCUUCUUCGAAGCGGGCCCCACCAAAAACAACCACCCAAUCAGAGACGGACAAAACCUCUACACGAACGUGUUCGACGCAAAUCUCGACACCCUUGUCUGGUCACUAACCAAAGCCGGAUACCCCGACAUGAAAAUCCUCAUCGGAGAAGUGGGCUGGCCUACCGACGGAGACAAGCACGCUGACAUCGAAAAGGCGAAAAGAUUCAACCAAGGGCUCGUGCAGCACGUUCUUGGCAAUGAAGGAACACCUGCAAGAAAAGGGCCGAUCGAUAUCUACCUUUUUAGCCUUAUAGACGAAGAUUCCAAAAGCAUCGACCCAGGCAGUUUCGAGAGGCAUUGGGGUAUAUUCGAGUUCGAUGGGAAGCCAAAAUACGAGCUCGAUUUAUCCGGUAGAGAGGAGAAUAAAGGGCUUGUGGCGGUGCAGGGUGUGAGGUACAUGGUUAGGAGGUGGUGCGUGUUGAGACCCCGUGGUAAGGACGACGACGUGGACGAUAGAGAAUUGGGUAGGAAUGUGGAUUACGCGUGUAGUUUGUCGGAUUGUACGGCUUUAGGGUAUGGUUCGUCGUGCAAUCAUUUGAGUGCUAAGGGGAAUGCUUCGUAUGCGUUUAAUAUGUAUUACCAAUCCAAGAACCAAAACGAGUGGGAUUGCGAUUUCGAGGGAUUGGGCGUGAUUACGGAGGAGGAUCCUUCGGACAAUAAGUGUAGGUUUCCGGUUAUGAUCGGUUACGGUAAUCGGGUGGUGCUUCUGCAUAGGAAGGUGGUGAAUAUCUUGCUUGCUGUUCUUGAAGGGUGUAUAGUGUUUCUGCUUCUUGUUUCUUAGGUUUUAAUAAAUUUAUUUUUAAUUUUCUAUUUUUUUAAUAGAGGAU